AUGGAACCGAUCAACGGUAACCCGACCUCCGUCGCCUCGGUUGAGCCGCUCUCUCUUGCUGCCGCCGACCGUGAGUCAUUCAUUGUACUUGGAGUAGAGAAUUAAAAUUGGUUAUUUUUUGCAGAAGUCGGAGGAGCUUUCUGUCAUCAGUUCUACAUCACUGUGUCGGAGAACCGCAAGCUGAUAACCAAAUUCUACGGUCAUGAGUCGAUUUUCCAUUAUGACGACCAAACCGUGACCGGAGCUACGGUUGGUUUCGAAUGUCUUGUUGCUGUGUUUCAAUUAUUGAUUUUUUGCAGGAGAUUUCCAAGCUGUACGACUCGCUUCCGGAAAGUACCCAUUUCAAAAUUCAUUCCAUCAAGGUGAUUUUUUUCUAACAAGUCCCCUUGCAACUGUAUUUUUCAGGGUUUUCCAACUCUCCAUAAUCAAGGAGUGAAGAUCCAAGCUGUCGGAACUGUCAAUCUGCGACCUUUCGUCCAGACUUUCGUGCUUGGCCAGCAAGGACAGAAGAAGUAUUACGUCGAAAUCGACAGCUUCCAAUAUCUGGAUAACUUCUUUGAGUUCAAGUCUGAGCAAGAGAAGUCCCCAACGCCAACCACCGCUUCCAACGGACAUUCGAAUGGAGUCAACGGAAAGGUGACGAAGAAGCAGGAGCAUCCAGCGGAGCCGCAUCCGACCAAGCCAACUCCACAGAAGCUUCAUCAAACUCCAAAGAAGGCUGAGGAGCCCCCUCGCCAGGUCAAGCAGGAGACGCCGAAAUCUAUGGAGAAGGAGAUCCAGAAAUCGCCGAAGCCACCAGUUGUUCAGAAACCACAACAGCAGCAACAAGCUCCGGCUCCAGCUCCAGCUCCUAUUCCGGAGCCAGUGCAAGAGCAGCCGAAGGCUCCCAGAACAUGGGCCACCCUUGUCGGCGGAGGAAAACAGCAGCCACCAAUGCAACAGAACUACGGACAAGGACCGCGUAAGUAAUUCGGAUAAAAAUCUUCGGUAAAGCUAUCUUUCUCAGAAUUUGCCCAGCAACAGCUGAACCACCACAUGCAACAGCAAGCUGCUCUUCACCAGCAUGCUGCUCACCAGCUCUACCAGCAUCAACAGGCUCAGCAGCAGCAAAGAGCGCAGGCUCAAGCUCAAGCUCAGCAAGCUCCUCAACAACAGCCACCAGUUGAUUUGCAUCAGCAAGGAGGAGAUCAGGAGAACAUCAACCUGAACGAGCGCAAGAUCUACUUGGGAGGAAUCACUCGUGAGAUUGUGCCGAGCAACACCGCCCAGGCUGAGACCGAGAUCAAGCAGGUCUUCUAUAGUAAGUUUGAAAUUGUAGAAUUAUUUAUGAGAAUUGCUUGUUUCCAGAGUACGGAGAAGUUGAGGAGGUGCGCAUGCCGCGCAAGGUUCUCGACAGCCCGAACGACACGUCGAAGCACGCGUUUGCUUUCAUCACCAUGCGAAACAAAUCAGGAGUUCAAGCCAUCUUUGGCGACGCGAAGCGCGAUGAGACUGGAGUCUGGAAACUUCCGCUGAAGCUCGACGCUUUCGGAUUCGACGGGUUGGCCCAAAUUAGUGAGCAACGUGACCCACCUAACGGCGGUUUCCGUGGAGGACGCGGAGGCGGUGGAUUCAAUCGUGGAGGCGGACAGUUCUUCCGUCGCGGAGGAUCAGGAGGAGUACCACGCGGUGGACUCCGUGGAUUCCACAGCACCCCCCUUAACGGACACUGA